AUGGCUCUUAAAAGAUUCUUCAUUCUGGAGAAAAGACUCGAACAAGAUCCUGAGUUGAAGCGACAGUAUGCCGAGUUUAUGGAAGACUACGAGCGGCUCGGGCACUGUGAAGAGGUCAAAGAAGGCGAUGAUCCCGAAGGUGUUAAAUGGUACCUGCCACAUCAUGCCAUCUUACGUCCGUCGAAUACCACCACUAAAUGCCGAGUGGUAUUCGAUGCAUCCGCUAAAGUGAAGGGCUUAUCAUUAAAUGACAUCAUGAUGAUAGGGUCUUUGAACCAGUGUAACUUGGACGAGAUUGCACUUCGUUUUCGAUUUCCUCGCUACGUGUUGACUACGGACGUAGCAAAAAUGUAUCACCAGGUGAUUCUGGAGAAGGAACAUAGGCGUCUGCAAAGAAUAUUCUUUCGCCUGAAUCCAUCGGACCCGCUUAGAGUGUUGGAGUUAAAAACUGUUACGUAUGGUACAGCUUUGGCACCAUUCCUUGCAACCAGAGUGAUGCUACCUUUGGCACUUGAUGAUGAAGACAAAUAUCCUGCAGCAGAAAUCGUAAAACGUUGCUUUUACGUGGAUAACGCACUUUUUGACUUUGAUGACUUGGAUGAAGCUCAUGAAGCUCAGUUGCAAUUGAUCCAGCGCUAG